AUGAGGGAAAUCCAACCACAAUUCAAUCCAGGAGGGAUAGAAAAACAGUUCGGUCGAAGCAGAACUCAAUUGGCCCGAGUAAAUAAGGAGAUAUCAACAUCACAACCACUCUCUCGGCCAGAAUCGACGAACCAAGCGACAAUGCUCGACCAUCUCCCAAACGGCACGACCGAAGUCCACCAAACUUCACAGGCGACCUCAAAACAUCAUUUUGGUCGGCAAAUCCAAAAGAUAGGACGAGAAAAGUGCCUGCUACGUGAGAUAGACGAAGGAAGCUCAAUACGGCCGACGGCGAUGCAUAGAAUGGCCGACGAACUCAAAACCUCAAGAAGGCGCGAACACCGGUGGAAACUGAUCCUCUGGAGUCCAAAAAACACCAAGGAAGAAGAAAGGAAGGAGACGAUCGAACAGAAUACAAGAUGGCCAAAGGAAUCACAUCCCGAACCAUUGGCGCGCACGACGAAAGAUCUCCGAAUCCACACGUUCAAAUCGCCUCAAACUUCACAAGGAGCCACAAAACAUAAGGUUGGUCGAUGA